CCGUUUUUAGAUUUGAUUUUAUUGCGUACAAUGCUACUUAAACACUGAAGCUAGCUACACGGCGUCGUGAGCGGUGGGUUAAUCCCAGUUAUCUGCUCUGAAUGGCGUCGACGUCGUUCGGCUAACAGCGUUAGCUUUAGCUGCGUGGCGUCAGUUGGCCUUUCGUUUGGGUAACGAGUGUAUUUCGGUUCCCGGACACCGAGGACGUUCCAGAAAGCUCCCCUCUGUCUCUGAACCAGCACCGUUUGGACGCCUCAGGGUGUUUAAGCUUUGAAAAAACUAUAUAUCUCAGAUUCCCUGCUGCCGCUAUCGAUACAGCACCAGCUAUCGACCACGGUUCACUGCGGCAUUUGGACGAUCAGCGUUGUGUUUAUGUCUUUGUUUUGCAGAAACGAGCUGUUGCGCAGCCGUUGGAACCUGUGUGGUGGAAAUCUAGCCUUCAAGCAAGGAGCUUGCGGCCAUAGCGGCACGACAUUUUUCAUGUCAGAGAACGAGCACGCUUGCAGUCGUUUAUGUCAUCCCCUCUUUUCCAGACAGAAGAUCCCGAAAAAUCCCCAACCAAGAUCCUUUUAUCUUACUGAUAGUACAAACAUCCAGCCAAAAUGUCUGUCAAUGUCAACCGCAGUGUGUCAGACCAGUUCUAUCGCUACAAAAUGCCCCGUCUGAUUGCCAAGGUUGAAGGCAAAGGGAAUGGAAUCAAGACGGUCAUUGUCAACAUGGUUGAUGUUGCAAAGGCUUUGAACAGGCCUCCAACGUAUCCGACCAAGUUUUUUGGUUGUGAACUCGGUGCUCAGACCCAGUUUGAUACCAAAAACGAUCGUUACAUUGUCAACGGAUCCCAUGAGGCGAACAAGUUGCAGGAUAUGCUUGAUGGGUUCAUCAGAAAAUUUGUGCUGUGUCCCGAGUGUGACAACCCUGAAACUGACCUGCAUGUCAAUCCUAAGAAACAAACAAUCGGCAACUCCUGUAAGGCCUGUGGAUACCGCGGCAUGCUAGACACCAGACACAAACUCUGCACGUUCAUUCUCAAAAACCCACCUGAGAGCAAUGAUAGCGGUUCUGCAUCUGUUAAGAAAGAGAAAGAAAAGAAGAACCGCAAGAAGGACAAGGAAAAUGGCUCUGGCAGCGGCGAGGCUGGAAACCAGGACAACAUCGACGCCCCUGAGGCUGUGGAUAGAGACGAUGACGACGAGGACUGGGCAGAGGAGACGACUGAGGAGGCACAGAGGCGUCGAAUGGAAGAGAUUAGUGACCAUGCCAAGAAUCUCACACUCAGUGAGGACCUGGAGAAACCUCUGGAGGAGAGGGUCAAUUUGUUCUACAGCUUUGUGAAACAAAAGAAGGAGAGUGGAACCAUUGAUGGUGCCGAUAAAGAAAUCUUGGCAGAGGCAGAGCGUCUGGAUGUAAAGGCCAUGGGGCCGCUCAUCCUCAGUGAGCUCCUCUUCAACGAGAACAUCCGUGACCAGAUCAAGAAGUACAAGCGCCACUUCCUGAGGUUCUGCCACAACAACAAGAAAGCUCAGAAGUAUCUUCUGGGAGGCUUUGAGUGUGUCGUGAAGCUCCACCAGGUUCAGCUGUUGCCACGCGUCGCCAUCAUCCUCAAAGACUUGUAUGAUGCUGACCUGCUGGAAGAGGAUGUCAUCUUUGCCUGGGCUGAAAGGGUUUCCAAGAAGUACGUCUCCAAGGAACUUGCCAAAGAGAUCCACGCCAAGGCUGCUCCUUUUGUCAAAUGGCUGAAGGAGGCAGAGGAAGAGAGCGAGGGCAGUGAAGAGGAGGAUGAAGAGGAAGACGAUGAAAACGUUGAAGUGGUGUAUUCACAAUCUGCCCGAGAGCUCAAAGUGGAGACCGUGAAACCAGAGACGCCAGAGAAAGAAGAGGACGACAUCGACAUUGAUGCAAUCUAAGACUCGGAUGCUGCUGCUUUUCCUCUUGCGUUGUGGCUUCGACUAACAGCCCUGUAAAACCUAUAGAGCUCAGCUUUUCCCUUAUUGAUUCCUUUUCCCUCCCCGCCCUCUGCAAACCCCUUUGGCUUAAUGGCAUGAUAUAGUAAAGUGCUUCACCUGCUACACAAUAACUCUGUAAUUCUGCAAUGUGUUGAGUUCAUUAAAUGAAGUCGAUUGGGGGAUUUUAAUCAAGGGGGUGUUAUGGGAUCUUUUUCACUGCACUUUUUCUUUCUUUGUUUGGAGUUCCCUGUAUUUUUGCAGUCAAUAAAGAAUGUUUUGCUAUCCAUCA